AUGGGGGAAGGGGGCGCCUUGGGGCGGCACCGGCCCUUCCCCAGGGCGCCGCGGCGGCAGCAGCAACAGCAGUGGCAGCGGCAGCGCUGGUGGCCGGGCCUCCAGGGCACGGGGCACACCGCCAUGGGCCUGGCCUGGCUGCAGGAGAAUGAGUUUGCUGGGCAAUCAAAGAUCUAUUCCUACAUGAGCCCGAACAAGUGCUCUGGAAUGCGUAUACCCCUUCAGGAAGAGAACUCAGUUAUACAGCACGAAGUCAAAUGCCAAGGGAAACCAUUAGCUGGGAUCUACAAGAAAGGAGAAGAGAAAAGAAAUGCUGGGAACGCCAUAAGAAACACCAUGAAGUCUGAGGAACAGAAGAGCAAAGAUGCCAGGAGAGGUCCCCUGGCACCUUUUCCAAACCAAAAAUCUGAAGCAGCAGAACCUCCAAAAACUCCACCCCCAUCAUUUGAUUCUACCAAUGCAGUUGUCACCAAGCAAGCCCUGAAAAAGCCCCUCAAGGGCAAGCAGGACCCCCGGAAAAAAGCUCAAGGAAAAACACAGCAGAAUCGCAAACUCACAGAUUUCUACCCAGUCCGAAGGAGCUCCAGGAAGAGCAAAGCUGAGCUGCAGUCUGAAGAACGGAAAAGAAUAGACGAGCUGAUCGAGAGUGGGAAGGAAGGCGGCAUGAAGAUUGACCUCAUUGAUGGCAAAGGCAGGGGCGUGAUUGCCACCAAGCAGUUCUGCAGGGGUGACUUUGUGGUGGAAUACCACGGGGACCUCAUUGAGAUCACUGACGCCAAGAAGCGGGAGGCUGUGUAUGCACAAGACCCCUCCACGGGCUGCUACAUGUACUAUUUUCAGUAUCUGAGCAAAACAUACCGCGUGGAUGCCACUCGAGAGACAAAUCGCCUAGGGGGACUGAUCAACCACAGCAAAUGUGGGAACUGCCAAACUAAACUGCAUGACAUGGAUGGCGUGCCUCACCUCAUCCUCAUCGCCUGGCGUGACAUCGCGGCGGGAGAGGAGCUCCUGUGCGACUAUGGCGACCGCAGCAAGGCCUCCAUUGAAGCCUACCCGUGGCUGAAGCAUUAG